AUGAAGCGGUUCAACAUUUCCUAUGUGGAGAUAAUAAAAAAUGGUGUUUCGGUGAGUAGUUGUUACGAGAACGAUUCAUCAACAUAUGGAGCAACAAAUGAAGGUGCAUGCAGGCCAGAUAUUUUCCAUAGCCUCGUGGUCGACAUGGUUGUUCCAAAGGUAAUACCGGUAUCAGGUAACAAAGUUACUAAGAUGUCUACUCCUCUGAUAGACGGUUUUGACUGUUAUUAUACUACUCGUGACGAUGAUGCCAACACCGUACUUGUCUGUUUUACUAGGGAGGACAUACCCAAGAUAUUACCUAUUAGGGUUUUAAGUGAAUUGAAGCACAACGAGGCCCAUGAAAUUGAUAAUGAUAAUAAACUCAGUGCUUGUGUUGGGAACAUAUUAGAUAAUUUCCACAACGAAUUGAUACAGUACAAAAAUCAAAAUGGUAUCAAGGGUGGUAAUGAAGCUGAAGAUGAUAUGCAAGAAGUAAUACAAAUAAUGAAUGAUAAUAUCGAUAAAUUCCUUGAACGACAAGAAAGAGUUUCUCUUUUAGUUGAUAAGACAUCUCACCUGAAUAGCAAUAGUCGAAGCUUUAAACGUAAAGCAAUCAAACUGAAAGAGAGGAUGUGGUGGCGCCGCAUGAAAAACUACACUCUCAUGAUAUUUGCAAUAAUAUUAUGUGUUAGUGCUAUUUCAAUGUUUUUCUAUCUAUGGUGA